AUGUUUCUGCCUGAUGCUGUUUUACAAGGCACAUUAUCAAGGUCCACCAUAAGUAAGAGGUACCUCAUCUUGGGUACUCAACUUACGGAACAACUGACUCAGAAGCAAAGGCGAACGAUUGGACUUUGGCUUUUAGGGUGUGCAGGUUGCGUAUACGGAGCAGUAGCCUUAGGCGGUGUAACAAGAUUGACAGAGUCUGGCUUGAGUAUGGUGAAUUGGGACCUCAUUAAGACGAUGAAGCCUCCAAUUGGGCAAAAGCAGUGGGAAGAAGAAUUUGAACGUUACAAACGAUAUCCGGAAUAUGAAUAUAAAACUAACGUGGAAGAUAUGACACUGUCACAGUUUAAAUUUAUUUGGAGCAUGGAAUAUCUGCAUAGAAUGUGGGGUCGCUUCACAGGUGUAGUCUUCCUUUUGCCUUGUAUAUACUUCUGGGCAAAAGGAAGGUUCAAUAGACCUAUGAAAACCAGAAUGCUAAUUGCUGGGUCGCUGCUUAUGGCACAAGGACUUAUUGGUUGGUGGAUGGUCAAGUCCGGACUUAAUCCGAGCCAAAAUUCAAACAAGGAAAUUCCUCGAGUUUCGCAAUAUCGGUUGGCUACACACCUUACGAUGGCUUUUGUUCUCUAUACAGUUUUUCUUUGGACUGGGCUUUCCCAUAUAUUUAAGCCUCAUGAUCUUCAUAACAUAAAAGCUCUGCGGAUUAUGACGCACUCCUCAAAAACUUUAAUAGUUUUAACUGCAGUUGUCGGAGCGUUUGUGGCUGGAUUGGAUGCGGGCUGGGUCUACAAUUCGUGGCCGAAAUUUGCCGACAGAUGGAUACCAGAGGACCUUUUUGUUUCAGAACCGAAAUGGAAGAACUUUUUCGAAAAUCCACCUGCCGCUCAGUUUUUGCAUAGAAAUAUGGCUUAUUUGACAUUAUUAUCAGUAACGCUUACUUGGUUAAUUGGCAGACGUAUGAAUCUUGGAAGACGAGCCAAACUAGUUUUACAUUCUACAAUGGCCAUGAGUUACGUUCAAGUUCUUCUUGGGAUUUGCUCAUUGCUAUACUACGUGCCGGUAUGGCUUGGUACCCUUCACCAGAGUGGGUCUAUGGCCGUAAUGACACUUGCGUUUUGGCUUUCCAAUGAAAUUCGACGCAUUCCAAAAUGA